UUCUCCAGUUUGUCAAGAUUUUGAAUUCUAAUUCUGUUCUCCAAAGUGCUUGCUGCCCCUCCCAGCUUGGUAUCUGUGACGGGUUCCCAAGGUACAACCUGGAACUGGAGUACUGCCGAGCCCAUCAACCUAGGCUCCAUCUCACACUGUACUGCUGUGAUAAGCUGCAAACCUCUGAUCAUUCCACAGGGGCAAGAUGAACUGGCAACUGGUCAUUCCUGGAUUAGUCAUCCUGCCCAUUAAACUAGUAGGGACAUCCUUGUUUCUCAUCUAUUUUCCACAGAUCUUCCCCAUGCCGGGCUCUCAAGGGACCCUCAAUUCCACAACUGAAAGGAACAUAACAGUUCUACAGACUACCCCAGGCCUGCCUAAGACACAACCUGAUUUCAGCACAAUCACAACUACAGCUCGCGACAGAACAGCUAAACCCCUACAGUGGGAGAGGCACCGAGGGAAUUACUACUUAUUUUCUAAAGCCAAAGAUGUCUGGAGUUCCAGCCGAACAGAGUGUGAUGACCAGAGCUCAGAUCUAGUUGUCAUCAGUGACAGAAAAGAGCUGGAGUUUCUUCAUAAUAAAACAAGGGAUGCUGAUUAUUUCAUUGGACUAACUUACUCAGAGAUGGAGAAGAGAUGGUACUGGAUUGACAAGACAGAGCUUACGAGAAGCCUGUUUACUCUGAAACCAAAGACAUUGGACUAUGAAAACGACUGUGCAGUUAUCAGAGCUGGAGAACUGAGUCCUGCAUCUUGUCAUCAACGAAACCAGUGGAUCUGUGAGAAGACAAUGAAAUAACUCUUAUGUUGGGAGAGUCCCAGCACAGGUAGUUUGUGGCACUGGAAUCCAGCUGGGGCAUUUUCCCCUAAUCUCAAAACACAAAUA